UUUGUAAAUACACACACCGUACCGGUGAAGGUAUCACGGCUGGAGGUGAUUCGCGGAGCUUUCAGACCGUCAAACUGCUGACUCUAGACACGAAACAUGGUCCAUUUUAACAAAUGGACGUUAGUGAGGAGCGCGUCUCUCACCGACAGGACUACCGCACUGGAUUUAAAGCUCCUAUAGCGGAUCGCGAUGACGGUUCCGGUGGAUUGGUUUAGUAUAUGAAAUAAAAGGCUGUGAUCAGACCAUGGCUUACUUUAAACGCGUAUCGUUUAAUUGAUUAUCAGCUGUGACUGUAGAGCGAAGGGCUUCAGCUGCCCCACCGUUUGUUUGUUUGUUUGUUUGUUGGAAAGGUUGAUUCAACAGCACACCAAAUCAAGAUGUCAGUGGAAAAUACAACUAUAAAAAGUCGGCUUAAAAAUCUGCUCCGGUCGCCUUCCAUCAAUUUGAGAAGAAGUAAAGCUGGGAACAACAAAGAGAAUCUCAGUAAUAAGGUGACAUUGGAGAAAGUUCUGGGAAUCACUUCCGCUGGGAGUCGUGCUUUGGCGUGUGAUCCACACUCAGGACUGCUUGCCUACCCAGCUGGGUGUGUGGUGGUGCUACUAAACCCUAAGAAAAACAAACAACAUCAUAUCCUCAAUAGCUCCAGGAAGACCAUCACUACGCUCUCCUUCUCUCCUGAUGGCAAAUAUGUGGUCACAGGCGAGAGCGGUCAUAUGCCGGCAGUGCGUGUCUGGGAUGUGGCGGAGAGGACACAGGUGGCGGAAUUACAAGAACAUAAAUACGGCGUGGCAUGUGUGGCUUUCUCCUCCAAUAGUAAAUAUAUCGUCAGCGUGGGUUACCAGCACGACAUGAUCGUCAACGUCUGGGCCUGGAAGAAAAAUGUUGUGGUUGCCGCCAACAAGGUGUCCAGUAAAGUGAUGGCUGUGUCAUUCUCAGAUGACAGCUCGUACUUUGUUACAGCCGGGAACAGACAUGUGAAGUUCUGGUACCUUGACCACACCAAGUCGUCCAAGGUGAACGCCACAGUACCGUUAUCAGGCCGCUCUGGUCUUCUUGGAGAGCUGCGGAAUAAUUUCUUCAGCGAUGUGGCCUGUGGAAAGGGCCGGAAGGCGAGCAGUACCUUCUGUAUCACUUCCUCUGGGCUGCUCUGUGAGUUCAACGACAAAAGAACGCUGGACAAGUGGGUGGAGCUCAGGAAAAAUGACAGUUUCGCAACUAGUAUGGCCACAUCUCUGUCUGUCAGUGAGGAUCUGAUCUUCUGUGGUUGUGCUGAUGGUACCGUGAGAGCGUUCAGCCCCGCUGACCUGAACUUUAUCUGUACACUGCCUCACCCUCACAGCCUGGGCACAGACAUUGCCGCUGUUACUGAGGCCAGCCACCUCUUCGCCUACAAGGAAAACGUCCGCUAUCCUGACGCGGUGGCCGUGUCCUAUGACCCCACGAACCGCUGGCUGUCCUGCGUCUACAACGAUCACAGUCUGUAUGUGUGGGACGUACGUGAUCUUCGUAAAGUGGGCAAGGUUUACUCAGCCCUCUACCAUUCGGCAUGCGUAUGGAGCGUGGAGGUGUACCCAGAGACAAGGGAUGGAGAGCAGCCGCGUUUGUGUCCCGGAUCGUUCCUCAGCUGUUCUUCUGACAAUACUAUCCGUUUAUGGAACACAGACGCUCAGAACACCACCCUCAGCCGAAACGUCAUCAGCAAUGACCUUCAGAAGGUCAUUUAUAUGGACAGCAACACGUCAACCCUGCUGGACACGGACUGUACAAUCUCCAGUAACUCUGAGAAGGUCGACCCACAGACCUCAGAGAACCGGACGGGCAUUAGGACCAUGUGCGUGAGCCCAGACGGGUUGCACUUGGCAUCAGGGGACCGCAAUGGAACACUGAGAAUCCAUGAUUUGGAGAGCAUGGAGGAAAUUAUGGAUGUUCAGGCCCAUGACUCUGAGAUCCUGUGUCUGGAAUACUCCAAACCUGAGACCGGGCUGAAGCUGUUGGCCACCGCCAGCAGAGACAGACUGAUCCAUGUUCUGGAUGCGGAACAGGAAUACGGCCUCCUGCAAACACUGGAUGAACACUCUUCCUCUAUCACUGCUGUCCGAUUCGCUGCUAACGAAGGGAAAGUCAGAAUGAUAAGCUGUGGUGCCGAUAAGAGCAUUUACUUCCGCACGGCACAGAAGACAGAGGAGGGAACAGAGUUCACACGUACUCAUCACAUAGUGAGGAAGACUACCCUUUAUGACAUGGACAUCGACCCCACGAGGAAGUAUACUGUUAUUGGCUGUCAGGAUCGCAGCAUCAGGAUCUUUAGCAUCUGCAAUGGCAAACAGAAGAAGGUCUACAAGGGAUCCCAGGGGGAGGACGGGACCCUUAUCAAGGUUCAGACAGAUCCCUCUGGUCUUUAUGUGGCCACAAGCUGCUCAGACAAAAACAUCAGCAUCUUUGACUUCUACACUGGAGAAUGUGUAGCCACCAUGUUUGGCCACUCUGAGAUUGUAACAGGAAUGAAGUUUACUAAUGACUGUAAACAUCUGAUAUCUGUGUCAGGAGACAGCUGCAUCUUUGUAUGGCGGCUCUGUCCUGAGUUGACCAUCAAAAUGAGACAACGGCUUUCAGAUCUGAAACAGAACAGCAAACCUGUUCAGAAGACCCCUCCAAAUAAACAACACACACUUAGUACAAAGAAAGAAAACCACAGUGCCCCAGUCAUUGGCACCAUGUCAUCUGAUAGUGACAAAGACGUGGAGGAAGAGGAGGGCAUUGAGGAUGAAGAUGAGAUGUUCCCUCACAUGUCAUCGGGUAGCAGUACUGGCGAGGAGACAGGAUCAUCUGAAGAAAAGCGCAAUACUCUAAAUUCCCACAUGAAGAAGCAAUCCAACAGUUGUGAACAUGAGGAUUCAGGUCCGCGGCCAAGGCGGCGCUGGUCCAGGCGAAUGGGCAGUAUGGAUCUGAAGGUGAAGUCCAUGCUGGACCUGAGGCAGCUGGAGUCUUUUGCCAUGCCCCACUUCCCCAGCAAAACCCAUGAUGUUCAUAAAGAUCUUCCACUGCCUAGGAACCAGGAACUGGGCAGCACCAUCAGUCUUCAGACCAUAGCUGCAUGGGUACCUGAAGAUAAUGGACCAGGAGGACAAACACGUCCUCAUUACAUUCAGCUGUCUCCUCAAACUCCAGAGACAGAGGUGCUGUAUCCUGAGGAAUGUGAAGAUCAAAUCAGUCUUGCCGGCAGUGAGUAUCAGGUGAAAAAGUUGCCCCAUGGAGUGAGAUGCGCUAAAGUGAACUCUUGUCCUGAGAAGCAGAGUCCAGACAGUGCGUGCUCUAUGGAGUAUUCCAGCAGUCGUCUCUCUAGCCCUGAGCACCCUGGAGAAGACUCUGAGCCCACUGAGCCACUGAGUGUAGAUGGAAACUCUUCAGAACUGGAUAUGGAAGAUCUUGAUGAGGAAGAGGAGGACAGCUUAAGGAAGAAUGAGGUUCAGACUCCUGUACCUCAGACCCCAGACCAGGAGGCCUUUCUCAAGAGGCAUUUUGCAAACCUGUCAGACCUCAACAACCCUGAAAGUCCCACCAAAGUAACUCCAAAUAUCUCUGACAGCAUGUCAUCGAAGUUCCUUUCUCAGAACUCCACUAGCAGAACUGCAUUCUUAUUCCCCUUAAACAAAUGCAGUGACAGUAAAACCACCAGUGGAGUGGUGCGGCCCCUUAUCUCAGAGGUACGGCCCCUCAUGGAGAAUAAGAGUCCAAGCAAACAGCAGGAAUCCCAGGGCUCUGAGAGGACAACAGGUCAGCGUUUAAUCCAGAAGAAACGCACACCCAUCAUGGACUCCCGCAGACUGAUCAGCCCCGUAGCAAAAGCUGCUGCAAGUCACAACAGUUCUGCAGGCAUGAGGAAAGCUCAAUCUAUCCACAACAUCUCCUCAGAGGCUGAUAUUGUCCAGACAUCCAGUCGUCCUUCUAAGGAAGUCCACCCACAGCCCCAGACCUCUGAGAGACCACGGCGUUCCCUUCCCUCUGUCUCACUCACCAGCCCUACCACUACCCUGCCCAGGGACAUCACUACGCCUACCAAGUCCAAAUCCCGUUCCUACAUGAGUCCUACCACUAGCUCCAUGGCCAAGAUUUCCCGCUCUGUUUCCAUGGGUGACAACUUGAAUGUCGUGGAACUAGGAGAAGACACAGGAUCUUCAGACCCACGCCGGGGCUCAGGUUCUGACUAUUCCAACCCUCGGAGCUCCUCCCAGAGCAAGCCCACCACUCCUGUUACCCAGGUGUCUUCCUUUAAUACUUCGACGUCCCCAUUUCCAGGCCCCUUCACGCCCCAUGCAGCAGUCGUACCCACACUGAGCGCUGGCUCAACUGGAAACUCUUCCUCUAAAGGUCUCCAGGUCAAACUGACUGGCAGUGCUCGACCCCUGCUCCAUAUAGACAUUCCCAAUCCUCUUCCAGAUAAACCUUUCUUAUCUUCCCUCUCGCCGAGCAGCAAGAGCCCCAAGCUUGUACAAAAGGAAAAGGAGUCCUUGAGUAGAACCCCAACAACUCCCUCUUCACUUCCUGGAGCAGUUCACCUGCCCAACAGCAUCGUACAGCCGGUCACAGCUGUUUGUUUGAGCCCAUCUGAAAACCCAGAACAGAUUGAGCUCAAUAUGGUACUUAUUCCCAGCCAGAGCAAGAACUUAACAGAAGCUGAACUUCACUCGCACACAGAGCCAAGAAAAGAGGAUACCCCUGAGGCUGAGUGCUCCCCCAUAAGCCAGUGCAGCCCAAGUCUUCUUCAGUCUUCCUCAGGAGCCCAAGACUCAGGUUUGCUGGGACAUCAGUCUUCCCUCGUUCCAUCUUCCAUUCUGCUACGGCUUGGGCUGUCUAAACACUUGUUUACCAAAGGGCUCUGGCCUCUCUCAUCCUCCUCCUCCUCCAUCACUUCUUUCAUCUCCUCUUCACCUUCUCCAUCCAUUAAUCAAUACCACCUGCAGGACACAUCUCUCAGUGUGGAUUCUUGUAGGCUGGUUGCCAAUGAAUUGCAGAGCAGUUUUAAAAGAGCCUCCCACCUCUACAAAAUGCUAAGCAACUCCACCAACACCAGUGAGGAGCAGCAGGAAAUGACACGUGUGCUGGCCGAAGCAUUUCAGGCAAUGAGAGAUGAGCUGAAUUGCCUGCCACCAUGCACUCCUUCAAGACCGCCUAGCACUUGCACAGUGCCCAUGUUGGCUAACAGUAAUGCAACAUUGGGCGACGACAGGACAUUAGCCCUUCUAGAGCAGUACUCCAAAUUGCUGCUCAGUGCGGUAGAGAAGAGGAUGGACAACAAAAUCUGACUACUCUGUGCGGCGUGGCUGCAACAGGAUACCAAGCCAUGAGACUGUUUUAGAUAGUGGGGAGCUUUUAAUAAAGAGAUUGAGAAGAAAUGCCACUAUCCUACCUCCCUGUUUAGCAUGCUACAAUGGCAGGAACACACCCCUGAUUUUUCUCACCUCUUUGCGUCCUGCUACUAAAAAUGUAUCCGGAUGUUUUCGCCAUGGUAACUUUCGAAAGACCUACAUGUCAUCAAGGAGAGUAUUUGAUUACAUGGUUUGUUGACUGGAUGGUACAGCAAUUUGGUCACCGUCUUAAAGACAAAUAAGCAGUUUUAUAUGGAUACAAUAUUCGGUCAUGUUUUAAACUAAAACAGUUACAGAGAAAAUUAACUGUUGUUGUUGUUGUUGUUGAAAGGAGUAUUUCCGGCAAGCAUUGUGCUUGAUAUUUUAAAAAAAAUUCUCAAUGCUCUACUUCAAAGGGACCGGUAUCCCUGGAAGUCUUAGCAAUGCAGAUUUGUCACUUUUACCUUUUUAUUAUGGAAUGAUUUUUAUACUGUAUUUUGUGUUUGUGCUGAUACUCUAAAGUUAAAUUGGGACUUUGGGGUGCGUAUUUAUUAUUCUCAUGUGAUAGGUCAAUGAGUUGCACAGAGGCUCUUCAACAUGUGUUUGUUGUACAGUGUCAAUGUCCUGAUACCCAGCAGGGUCAGUUGGGUGCCAGAGGAAAAAUUUGAGGAAAUUUGAAGGAUGAUUUUGUAUUAUUUGCAGGACUUUUUUUGUACUUGAAUGGUAACUUUCUCAUGGAUACGGGUGCCUUAAUCUUGACCAGCAAUUUGUUUUAAGGAAUAAAUCCGGCAUUUGUAAUUCAAGCAGGUUAUAUAUCAAAAAUGAUCAGUGAUUGAUUAAUUCCAGGUUGCAAAUACUAACAGAAACAAAACUGCCAUAAAAGCACUGAACUGAAUUGACCAUUCUGAUGACACUGAUGGAGAUGCAAUAGCCAAGUAGAUAGAAAAAGUACUUUUGUGCACAAAUUAUGAGAAAGGUUUACAGAUUUUCCAUAAGUUUGGUUUUGAAAAUAUCCUUGUCCUGAAAUGAAAUGCAUUUUUACAUAUUGCUUUCCGGUGAUGACUUCUUAAAGGUAUUUUUUAUUGUCAUGUGAUGUGCUCUCAUUUCCCCAUGAGUUAAACAAAACAGUCAUUCUGUAAUCCACAAUCCUUUGCUAACUAGGUUAAGGUAUUGCCUCUCUUACCUCUGGUAGAAACAAUUCUUCUUUUACAUAAUAAUAUUGAAACUUUUUUAUUAAGCUUAAUUCAAAUUAUGGCAUUGUAAUGUUAAGUGUACUGUAACUUCUAUAUUGUAGAUGGACCAGCACAUAUUUUAUAAUGUCCAGCUCUUCUACUGAUACAAAUUGCACAGCUAGGUGCACACUGUACGAUUUUGGGACCUUAAAAGAUUAUUUUUGUCAAAGAGCAAAACUGAAUCUAUGAUCAAUUAGCAUGACAUGCUCUUUGUGAAUGAAAAUGUCAGAAUGUGACAUGAUUGAUAAUGUAAACACCCAGUCAAUGCCAUCAGUCAAGACCAAAGAUGCAUAUCAUACAGCAUGACAUAAGAUACAGGUGAUGUCACAGUUGCCAUUGCCUUUUAUGCAGGAUUUUACUGGGGUCAUACUGUACGGUCUGACAGUACAGCUGCAACGUGCCUGGUGUCUGAGAUGCAUAAAUUCUGUUGACUUAUUGCUUAGUUCCAUUGUUGCUCACAUUUUUUUGAGGAUUGUCGGUACAAAUUUAUUAACAGAAAAAGAUGCAAAAUGCAAUUACAACAACAUCGCAAAUUUUUACUCAUUGUAGCCCAAAAAAAGGGAUAUACGCCCUAUUUCACUAAUGGCAGAUUGCACUGGCAGUCUUGUAGUAAAAUAGAUUCAUUAAAACCCAUUUGGUAUGCCACAAAAGCUCUCAUUUGCCGCCAUAUAAAAAGUGCUAUGGCUUUAGAGACUGAGAAUGCAUGACAUAAACAUGAUAUAUAAUGUAAGCCCAAACAGACUUGAUUUAGCUAGCUAGAGGGCUUCAGUGAUAUAGCAGAAGUGAAAACCGUACAGUAGGACUGCAUCUGUAAGAAAAGCACUAAAGAGAAUCAGCAUGAAUACACUACAUAUGCAUGAAGAAUGGGUUUUUAGGGCAGAAUUUAGAGUUGGCUCGCAUGGUUGCAUGCUUGACCUGCUGCUCAUAAACAAUCAUGCAAACCUUCAGCUUUCAGCGCUAUCUCUGUGGUGACCAGCUCUGCUUUCAUGUAACAUAUGGCCAAUUGAUCAAGAUGUAGUCUAGGAUUACAGAUGGACCAGUAGUUUCUAAGACUGUUUCUUUUUGGAAACUUGUGACUUUGUGUUACCUUUUGCUCCAAACUGAAGUCAAGUGUUUCUAUUCUCAGUGUUUAUACAAUCUAUGAUCUGAAAUCUCUUUCUCAGAGACGUCAAACAAAUAAAACUGUAUUUAUUACAUGGGAAA